AUGAGUGACCACCCCCUGAAGGAAAUGUCUGACACUCACAGCAGGCCUCUCCUGGCAGAGCCUCUUUCCAGCAGAUACAAACUGUAUGAGUCAGAGUUUACCAGCCCUAGCUGGCCCUCAAGCCCCCAGGAUACACAUCCGGCCCUGCCCCUCCUGGAAAUGCCUGAAGAAAAGGAUCUGCGGUCAUCCAAUGAAGACAGCCAUAUUGUGAAAAUGGAAAAACCCAAUGAAAGGAGUAAAAGGAGAGAAAGUGGGGCAGCCCUUCGGGGCUCUGCAGGCUUGGGAGGCAUCAGCCUCUUCCAAGCAGUGGGCUACCUCACAGGGGACAUGAAGGAGUGCAGGAGCUGGCUGAAAGAUAAGCCACUGGCCCUCCAGGUCACAGACUGGGUCCUGAGGGGCACUGCUCAGGUGAUGUUUGUCAACAACCCUCUCAGCGGAUUCAUCAUCUUCAUAGGGCUUCUGAUCCAGAAUCCCUGGUGGACAAUUGCUGGGGGUUUGGGGGCAGUGGUCUCAACCUUAACUGCCCUCGCCUUGAACCAGGACAGGUCCGCCAUUGCCUCAGGCCUCCAUGGGUACAACGGGAUGCUGGUCGGACUACUGAUAGCUGUCUUCUCCGAGAAGUUAGACUAUUACUGGUGGCUUCUGUUUCCUGUGAUCUUCACAGCCAUGACCUGCCCAGUUCUUUCCAGUGCCUUGAAUUCCAUCUUCAGCAAGUGGGACCUCCCUGUCUUCACGCUGCCCUUCAACAUUGCUAUAACCCUAUACCUGGCAGCCACCGGCCACUACAACCUCUUCUUCCCCACAACACUGGUGGAGCCCGUGUCUUCAGUGCCCAACAUCACCUGGACAGAGAUGGAGAUGCCCUUACUGCUACAAGCCAUCCCCGUCGGUGUCGGCCAGGUAUAUGGCUGUGAUAAUCCCUGGACAGGCGGCGUGUUCCUGGUGGCUCUGUUCAUCUCGUCGCCACUCAUCUGCCUACAUGCAGCCAUUGGCUCUAUUGUGGGGAUGAUAGCAGCCCUGACGGUGGCCACGCCCUUCGAGACCAUCUACAUGGGCCUCUGGAGCUACAACUGUGUCCUCUCCUGCAUCGCCAUCGGGGGCAUGUUCUACGCCCUCACCUGGCAGACACACCUGCUGGCUCUUGUCUGUGCCCUGUUCUGUGCAUACAUGGGAGCAGCCCUCUCCAACAUAAUGUCGGUGGUUGGUGUGCCAUCAGGCACCUGGGCCUUCUGCCUCUCCACCCUCAUCUUCCUGCUCCUGACAACCAGCAACCCUGCCAUCUAUAAGCUCCCACUCAGCAAAGUCACCUACCCAGAGGCCAACCGCAUCUACUACCUGACAGUGAAGAACAGUGAAGAAGAGAAGUCCCCCAGCGGUGGCGGUGGGGAGCAACCAACCACAACAAGUCCAAAGGCCGAUGAGGGUUCGGAGGCCGUGCCCCCCAAGCCCAGGAACGUGUUCCACAUCGAGUGGUCAUCCAUUCGGAGGAGAAGCAAAGUGUUUGGAAAAGGCGAACACCAGGAGAGGCAAACCAAAGACUCUUUUCCCUAUCAGUACCGGAAGCCCACGGUUGAGUUGCUGGAUCUGGACACCAUGGAGGAGAGCGCGGAGAUAAAGGUGGAAGCGAACAUUUCCAAGACUUCCUGGAUUCAGAGUCACAUGGCCGCCAGUGGGAAGAGAGUCAGCAGAGCCCUCAGUUACAUCACAGGGGAGAUGAAGGAGUGUGGUGAGGGGCUUAAAGACAAAUCCCCAGUGUUCCAGUUCCUCGACUGGGUCCUCCGGGGCACGUCACAAGUGAUGUUUGUGAACAACCCCCUCAGUGGCAUCCUCAUCAUCCUUGGCCUCUUCGUCCAGAACCCCUGGUGGGCCAUCUCGGGCUGCUUGGGCACUAUUGUGUCCACUUUGACAGCCCUCAUCCUGAGCCAGGACAGGUCUGCCAUUGCAGCAGGACUUCACGGCUACAACGGGGUGCUGGUGGGGCUGCUGAUGGCCGUGUUCUCAGACAAGGGCAACUACUAUUGGUGGCUUCUGCUCCCCGUCAUCAUUAUGUCCAUGUCUUGUCCCGUCCUCUCCAGUGCCCUGGGCAGCAUCUUCAGCAAGUGGGACCUCCCCGUCUUCACGCUGCCCUUCAACAUCGCUGUGACCCUGUACCUGGCAGCCACCGGCCACUACAACCUCUUCUUCCCCACAGUGCUCCUGCAGCCUCCGUCCUCUGUGCCCAACAUCACCUGGUCAGAGGUCCAAGUGCCCUUGCUUUUGAGAGCCAUCCCUGUUGGAGUCGGCCAGGUGUAUGGCUGUGACAACCCCUGGACUGGAGGCAUCUUCCUCAUAGCUCUGUUCAUAUCGUCACCUCUCAUUUGUUUGCAUGCUGCGAUUGGCUCCACCAUGGGGAUGUUAGCAGCCCUCACCAUUGCGACGCCCUUGGACUCCAUCUACUUUGGCCUGUGUGGCUUCAACAGCACACUGGCCUGCAUCGCCAUAGGAGGCAUGUUCUAUGUCAUCACCUGGCAGACCCACCUCCUGGCCAUCGCCUGCGCACUGUUCACAGCCUACCUGGGUGCUGCGCUGGCCAACGUGCUGUCUGUGUUUGGACUACCAACGUGCACCUGGCCCUUCUGCCUCGCCACCCUCAUCUUCCUGCUCCUGACGACCAACAACCCUGCCAUCUACAAGCUCCCACUCAGCAAAGUCGCCUACCCAGAGGCCAACCGCAUCUACUACUUAUCCCAGGAGAAAAACAGAAGAGCGUCAACCAUCACAAAGUACCAGGCGUAUGAUGUCUCCUAGGCUGGCUUUUCCAAAACAGACCACUGUACGCUCAGCCUUCAGCAAUUUGUCCAGGCCCCCAAGCUGAAGGCCAUGCAAGCU